CCCUUCCCUUCCCUUUCACCUUCUCCUUUUCACCUCCUCCUCCUCCUCCAACCCCAUCCUCUCCAUACUCAUAUUAAGAAGAUGAAAGGCCUCCUCAAAGGCCUCAAAUUCAUGUCCCAAAUGUUUGAAAAUGAGAAAGAACCUGAAAUGCAGAUUGGCCUUCCCACCGAUGUCAAGCAUGUUGCCCACAUUGGCUUGGAUGGCCCCUCUGUUAAUUCUCCUAGCUGGAUGACUGAAUUUAAAGCUCCGCCUCCUUCAUCUGCCCCUAAUGGAGAUAUCAAAGCCCCGAACGAAGAUGCCUCUGUCCCAUGGGCAUCUCAAGAUUCAAAAAGGGAUAUGGCAGUUACGACCCGGGACUUGCCGGAGCUACCAAAAUCGUCGAGACGGCAGUCGUCGACCGUCGGCGAGUCUACGGGGAAGGAGAAAUCGGAGAAGGUAAGGUCAAAGAAAUCUUCAAAGUCGAAGGAAUCCGAUGGCGUCAGAGCGUCCCGUCGGAGCGCUGAUCUGAACCAGGGCGGCGAGUCUCCGACGCAGGUCGCCCCUGGAAUUCCGAAAAAAGCGCGGCGGAAGAGAUCGAAGGAGGACGGAUCGACGAGAUCCAAAUCCAAAGCCACGGCGGCGGAGAGUUGUUCGUCUCAGUUCUCUGAUAACGGGUCGGAUGCCGGAUCCAUAGCCGGAUCCAUUUCCAGAUCCAACGAAGAGGACUUGUUAACAGGAGACGUUUUCACGUGAAAAAAAAGGGGAAGAAGGAAAAGGGGAGAGGGGCAAUUAUGUAAUUUAAGGUCGUAGGUAGGGUAACUCUCUAGUUUUACCGCAUUUUUUUUACCUUUCUUUUUGGGUUAAGUCUCGAGACAUAUGAACUAGGUGUUCGGAGCACUAAAUCGCAUACUUGUUCAAAAUGUUCGAUGACCCAAAAAACUCAUCAACCCCGUACAGUUCGGGUUGAAUUCAAAUAAAUGAAAACUUUAUGAAUUUGAUUGGUUCAUGUA